AAACCAUUUAGAGACUCAACAAGAUAUGAUUAUUUAUUAAAAUCAUUUGAAUUAAUUAAUAAACCAUAUACUGAACUUAAACAAAAAGAAUUACAAGAACAACAGUUGGAGGCACAAACCAUUAGUACAAAUAUGGAGAACGCAAAAUUGCAGUCUCUUAUAAAUAAUGUAAAAGAUUUAUUGCCCCAUUUAGGAGAUGGAUUCAUCCAGAAAUGUUUAGAAUAUUAUGACAUGGAUUCUGAAAAAGUUCUAAAUAUGGUCUUGGAAAAUUGUCUCCCUUCAGAACUUACUCAGUAUGAUUUAAAUCUUCCUUUGAUGUCAGCGUAUGAGGAUAAUGCUACUGGUUUUGAUCCUUCAAUUAAAGGAAAUAAGAAACUUAAAAAAUUUAAAAAACUCUUGGACAAUAAAUCUUUCCGAAAUGAAAUGCGCCCAUUUUAUGAAAAAUAUUAUGACACUGAAGUUACAUGUGCUGAAUUCGAUUCAUAUUAUAAUGAUGAACAUGAUGAUACGUAUGAAAUUGAAUAUGUCAGACCAGAACCAGUAGAUGAAAAUACAAAGAGAAGACCAGAUGUUGUACCAAGGGUUUUAAUGGAGAAAAAAACUAUAACUGAAGUUGUAAAAGAAGAGUCUUCAGAUGAUGAACCUCAGAAAGUAUCGAAUUUUCAACCAUUCUGUGAAAAUCCUGAAGAAGUUCGAGAACGACAAGCUAGGAAAUUUGCUGCAAAGCAAUCAAAAAAAUCCAUUCGAAAUAACCCAAAAGUAGUUUCUUCGUCAGCUAAACCAUCUGGGUCAAAUGUCGAGUUGGAAAGGCAAAGGAAAAAUGAGAACAAAGCAUUCAGCGGGAACCAUAACAGAAGAAAUGCUGCUAGAAACAAACAACAAAAAGGAAUGUUUUAAUUCUUUCUAUUCCUCAGAUUUUCCUAUAAAAAUAGCGAUGUUUAUAUUAUAAGAUACAUUUUACCAAAUAAUGUAUACCUAUCCUUAUUUUUAAAGAUUUUUUUUUUAUUUAUUUAAUGUUCAUAAUUACUCCUUAAAUUUUAUUCUGAAACCUUUAUUUCUUAGAAAACUUCUAAUUAUAGAUACUUAAAAAGUAAAC